AUAACCUAGCUAUUACAAAUUCUAAGAGACUGAAACGGUCUGCCCAAAAUUGUCAGCUUUAGAGCAUUCGCGCGUCUUUUUAUGUGCUGAUUAUGAUCUUAAACCACAUUUCGUUAAUGAAGAGUUUAAAGUUAAUCUUACACAGAGCGUACUCCACAAGCACUGGAGUCAAUAAUAGUUUUGAGAUCUCUCGUCUCUCACGAAUCGGUCAAAUCAAUGAAGCUCGAAAGUUUUUCGAUUCGUUACGCUAUAAAGCAAUCGGUUCCUGGAACUCAAUUGUCUCUGGGUACUUCGCAAACGGUUUACCGAGAGAAGCACGCCAAAUGUUCGAUGAAAUGCCUGAGAGAAAUAUAGUUUCUUGGAACGGGUUGGUUUCAGGGUAUAUUAAGAAUAGGAUGAUUGAAGAAGCUAGGAAUGUGUUUGAGAUAAUGCCUGAGAGGAAUGUUGUGUCGUGGACCGCGAUGGUUAAAGGUUAUGUGCAAGAAGGUAUGGUUGUUGAAGCGGAGUUGUUGUUUUGGAGAAUGCCUGAGAGGAAUGAGGUUUCUUGGACUGUGAUGUUUGGUGGUUUGAUUGAUGGUGGACGUAUUGAUGAUGCGAGGAAGUUGUAUGAUAUGAUGCCGGGGAAAGAUGUUGUAGCGAGUACUAAUAUGAUUGGUGGGUUGUGUAGAGAAGGAAGAGUGGAUGAGGCAAGAGAGAUUUUUGAUGAGAUGAGGGAGAGGAAUGUGAUUACUUGGACUACGAUGAUUACGGGGUACGGGCAGAAUAAGCGAGUGGAUGUUGCUAGGAAGUUGUUUGAAGUGAUGCCGGAGAAAACUGAAGUUUCGUGGACUUCUAUGCUUUUGGGGUAUACUUUGAGUGGGAGAAUUGAGGAUGCUGAGGAGUUCUUUGAGGUGAUGCCGAUGAAGCCGGUUAUUGCGUGUAAUGCUAUGAUUGUUGCGUUGGGUGAGGUAGGAGAGAUAGUGAAAGCGAGGAGGGUUUUUGAUCAAAUGGAGGAUAGAGAUAAUGCGACUUGGCGAGGAAUGAUUAAAGCUUAUGAAAGAAAAGGUUUUGAAUUGGAGGCUCUUGAAUUGUUUGCUCAAAUGCAGAGACAAGGAGUUAGACCGAGUUUUCCGUCUUUGAUCAGCAUUCUUUCGGUUUGUGCCACUUUAGCAAGUCUACAAUAUGGUAGGCAGGUCCAUGCUCACUUGGUUAGAUGUCAGUUUGAUGGUGAUGUGUAUGUUGCCUCUGUUUUGAUGACCAUGUAUGUCAAAUGCGGUGAGCUUGUAAAAGCAAAGCUAGUAUUUGACAGGUUUCCCUCAAAGGACAUUAUCAUGUGGAAUUCAAUCAUCUCUGGUUAUGCGUCGCACGGUUUAGGAGAGGAAGCUCUUAAGGUUUUCCAUGAGAUGCCAUUGUCUGGUACCAUGCCAAACAAAGUGACCUUAAUUGCAAUUCUGACAGCAUGUAGCUAUGGUGGAAAACUCGAAGAAGGGCUUGAGAUAUUUGAAUCAAUGGAAUCCAAGUUUUGCGUGACGCCAACAGUUGAGCAUUAUUCUUGCACGGUGGAUAUGCUUGGACGUGCAGGAAAAGUAGACAAGGCAAUGGAAUUGAUCAAUAGUAUGACUAUAAAGCCAGAUGCUACAGUUUGGGGUGCUCUGUUAGGAGCGUGUAAAACUCACUCACGACUAGAUUUAGCCGAAGUUGCUGCAAAGAAACUCUUCGAGAUAGAACCAGAAAACGCUGGUCCAUACAUUUUGCUAUCAAGCAUAAAUGCAUCUCGAUCCAAGUGGGGAGAUGUUGCAGAAAUGAGGAAAAACAUGAGGACAAAGAACGUAAGUAAAUUCCCUGGAUGUAGCUGGAUUGAGGUAGGGAAAAAAGUGCACAUGUUCACUCGCGGAGGUAUAAGAAACCAUCCCGAACAAGCAAUGAUAUUAAUGAUGUUGGAGAAAACAGAUGGAUUAUUAAGAGAAGCUGGUUAUAGUCCUGAUUGCAGUCAUGUCUUACACGAUGUAGACGAGGAAGAGAAAGUUGAUAGCUUAAGCCGUCACAGCGAGAGACUCGCGGUAGCUUAUGGACUCUUAAAGCUACCCGAAGGAGUACCUAUUCGAGUCAUGAAGAACCUUAGAGUCUGUGGAGAUUGCCAUGCCGCCAUUAAACUCAUUUCUAAAGUCACAGAAAGAGAGAUCAUUCUAAGAGAUGCAAACAGAUUCCAUCAUUUCAACAAUGGAGAGUGUUCUUGUAGAGACUAUUGGUGAGAUUGGUCCAUUUCUAUUGGUUUAAUUCGGUUCAACUUCUAUUGGUUUAAUUUGAGAUUUGUGUAUUAUUACUAUAUAUUAUAAGAAGAAUGUUUCACACAUAUCAAUGCACCACUCAAUUAUCA